UGAGUAUUUAUUUUAACUUGUGUUUUAUUUUAUCUGCUUGUUUGAAAACAGUAAGUUGAACAUAAAUCUCCUAGAGCUAAAAAUUAAGUUUUUAAAAUUGGUUUCAUAUGUUAAUAAUUAGAUAUAGUAUACCAAAGUCAAUGAUACUAUUUUAAGACAUUCUAGGUAUAUUAUAAUAUUCGACAUGAACACGUAAUUAAGAUUGUAUAUAAUAUAUAUACAUAUACCGACAUAAUUGAAUAUCAGUUUGCACUGUGGGCCUGCCUACCUCCAGUUGCCAUGCCAGCGAAAGUAAAAAACGUUAAAUUCAACAAUGGUCAAGAAAUGCCUAUGGUGGGACUGGGCACAUAUGCGCGUAAGGCAGAACCGGGUCAGUUCCGGCAAGCAGUGGAAUGGGCCAUUGAUUUAGGUUACAGGCAUAUAGAUUCAGCAGCUGUGUACAAAAACGAGGUGGAAGUUGGGGAAGCAAUUGCCAAUAAGAUUGAGGAGGGACUGGUAAAAAGGGAGGAUUUAUUUGUAACUAGUAAGCUGUGGAAUGACUGUCAUGCCCGAGAUGUUGUAGUCGAAACUCUGAUGGAAUCACUAAGGAAACUCAAGUUGGACUACGUUGAUUUGUAUUUAAUACACUGGCCAAUUUCAGUCACUGCAGACGGCGUAGACACGGCAAUUAGCUAUUUGGAAACAUGGAAAGGAAUGGAGAAAACUGUAGAAUUGGGCCUCGCUAAAUCUAUAGGAGUUUCCAAUUUUAACGAGAAACAAAUUCAAGAAAUAUAUGAUAAUGCUGUAAUCAAACCUGUAGUUAAUCAAGUUGAGAUAAAUCCAACCCUAACCCAGAAUUCGCUUGUAAACCUUUGCAAGCAGCUCUCCAUAAUACCUGUGGCGUAUACACCAUUGGGACUUAUAUCUGAAGCAAGGCCAGAAUUUGCCGGGAUAGACGUAAUCAAGACAGACCCAAAAUUGGGAGAAUUAGCUACUAAAUAUGGCAAGACUAGAGCGCAGAUAGCUUUGAGAUAUUUGAUUCAGCGUGGGAUUCCCGUAAUACCAAAAUCAUUUACAAAAUCGCGUAUCGAAGAGAACAUAAACGUUUUUGAUUUCGAAUUGACAGAUAAAGAAAUGGAGGUUGUCGACGGGUACAAUUUGAACCAUCACUGCGUGCCGGGUAAAGGCUUCGAGAAAUAUACUUAUUACCCAUUUUAAUGAACAAUGUUCCUAUCAUUACCAUCUCAGCCCAUGGACGUCUACUGCUGGACGUACGCCUUCUGCAAGGACUUCCAAACACCAAGGUCGUAAGCAGUGGCGUAACUACAGGGUCGUAAAGCUGGCAAAAUGCCACAACGCCUGGGAUCCUCAGCCUACGCGGUUGUGAGCUCAGAAGUAAUUUAUCAUAUUCACUAUUAGAAAAUUAAUUAUAUCGUAAUGACUAAAAUCUAUAAGUAGGUAAAUUAAAAAUUAUAAUUUAUAUGUUUCAGUUUCAUGUGGUGUAAUGGUUAUUUUAUGUAUAUUCUUGUGAUAAUAAAAGCAUUAAGAAAGAAAA